AUUCAGAAGUAGCAUGUCGGUCACCUCGGUUCCUUUCCCGCCGGUGCAUCCACUUGCUCUUGACCUCGUCAACUGCAUUAUGAGGCUCCUGUUCGCCCUGCCAUCAGUGCUCGCCGCGGCCGUGCCCCACGUAGGCAAGAGGGUUCACCACGAGCUCGCCGGCCCAUCGCUCGAACACUGGCCCCAGACAGCCGCUCGCUCGCUUGAUGACAUGAUCGCGAGAUAUGCCAACUCCUCCAACUACGCGAUCUUCGAUUGGGACAACACGAGCGACCGCUACGACUUGGAAGAGUCUCUCAUGCCAUACCUUGAGAGCAUCGGCGUGCUUCACGAGGAUGUACUUGACCCUGCUCUUCGCGUUGUGCCCUUCCUCGAUGGCGAGUCCAUGUACGGCUACUACCUGCGGCUCUGCGAAAUAGACGACAACAUCUGCUAUUGGUGGGCGGCGGCCGUCUUUAGCGGCAUCAAGCUUGAAGAGCUCAAGAGGCACGUAGAUGACCUUAUGACCCUCAACGGGGCGGUAAAGACAACGUUCACAGACGAGAACGGGACCCUAGUGGAGGUUCAAGUCAACACUCCGCGUAUCUUUCGUGGCCAGGUCGAACUCUACAACCGCCUAAUGGCGAAUGGCAUCAACGUCUACGUUAUUAGCGCCGCGGCCGAGGAGCUGGUACGAAUGGUGGCCUCGGACCCGAAGUACGGCUAUAAUGUGCCCCCAGAGAAUGUUAUCGGCGUGUCGCUCCUGCUGAACAACUCUGGAGUGCUCACGACCGCACGCAAGCAGAUCGCCGAAGGGGUAUACAACAACUCGAACGGCCAGUUUGUCCUCACGCCCACUUUAUGGGCGCCCGCGACGUGGAUGACUGGCAAAUGGGCCGCCGUGCUUUCGUACAUUGACCAGUGGAAGCUUCCUGUCCUCGCGGCGGGCGACACCCCUGUGUCGGAUGGUCCAAUGAUCUUCCAUGGAAUCAACCGCGACGACGGCAUCAAGCUGUGGGUAAACCGCAAAGCGUCGUACAUGGAGGAGAUUGCCAAGAUGAACGAGACGUUCGCUAUUGAGCAAGCCGAGCAAGGCCGCCCCGUCACCGCGGAUAAGGGAUGGGUGAUCGUCACGCCGGACGAAAUCCAGUAGUGCUAGAGGGUGGUAUGUUCCACGUCACGCCCCAUUGAAUGGGUGGGCUUGCGCAUGAGAUGCAAAGAGACUCAAGGAAGUGACGGAU